CUUUUCACGUCGCUCUCGGCAUGGUGUGUGUGUUAUCCUCGCAAGCGUGGCGUUCCGGCUGGUUUCUUGAGCGGUUCAGCGGUUUUCAGGGCGGGCGUGCUUGGGUUCAGUAAUGGGUUAUGACACGGAAGGGCAAAAAAGUUUUUCUUCGUCGUUUACGGUUGCUGGAGGGAUCGGCUGGCAGGAUCGCGAUCUGGUGCCUUGACAAAGCAAAAAAAAACCAUGACAUUGACGACGCGACGGUUUGGGGAAAUGAGCAUCUUCGACAAUCGCGGGACUUGAGAUCCCGGAUUCAACACCGCAAUUCAACAAGGGCGAAGAGGCGAUGGCUUUGGUGGGACAGGCGUUGGUUUCGGGGAACUGUGGACUUGUAUGAUAGCAAUAUACCCCCCACUGCGAUGACGGUUCAUGGAUUACUAUGGUCUGCACACAUCUCUCUCUCUCUCUCUUUUGCGCUUGUGGGUGGCUGGUGGUGGUGGUGGUGUUGUGUCUAUGCAGAACUGCUCGUCGUUGUCCAAAUCAGGAUGUAAGUGACUCAGCAACCAACGCUAUGAGCACACUCGUUCCAGGAGAUCGGGAUCCGGUUUUCCCGAGCCAGUGAGUCGACUACUUCAUCCAUCAAACCUGGGUAUCAUUCAGUUUCUCUAAAAUCGCUUUACGACAGGCCCUCUCUCGAUACAGCCCUUCAAUACCCUCUCCCUCCCCCUUCCCGCCCC